CUGGCCGCCUACCGACGGGACAUGCGCUCGAACCGUGGGGAACCUACGCGAUGUGGUGGGUCCUCGUGCUGUCGCUCUCAUUGGCUAUUAUAAUGUUGUUGAUGAUGCUCUUCUGCUGCGACUGGAGGACCAAUAAGAUUUGUUCCUGUUCACACCAGCCUAGUGUGCCUGUUGCCUUCAGGGAAGACGGUCUUGAGGAGAGGUGGAGGAUGGUUAGUGCCCUCAGUGACGAAGAUGUUGAAGAGAGGACCGAAACUAUUGUGAGCCUCGAUCCUAGCGAACUGCCAGGAGAUUUGAACCGAGGACUUGUCAGAGAGUUUGGCACGACUCGAAGGUCAAGAUGUAAACCCAGUUGCCCUAACCCGGUGGCGGUCAAAGGUCACAGUGAUUCACCUGUUGAAGGUCGAAUGAGUCAAGAAUUCUCAGGAAAUCGUUUACACCUCUUCGGGCCUGAGGACGGCCAGGACCUGCCGGCACCGAUGGUGGAGCCACCUCUUAACCACCACGGUCACUCGCUUGAAGUCGAAGCACAAGUCAAUAAUCAGAAAACUUUGACACCUCGGGGACACAAGACACCCCUCGAAUCACCCUCUCCGACCGGCCACAAGAUGUGCACGUUAUCGAGCGAGACGGUGGCUCUGUCUGGACGCCAAGGGCCGCACUAG